CUAGUAAUAUCCUAAAACUGGAAACAACUUCAAUGUCCACAACAGUUGAACAGAGAAGCUGUGGCACGCCCACACAACGGAAUCCUGCUCAGCAGUAAAAAGUCAAGGACGGUGAUAAAUGCAGUGAUAUGGGUGGAAUCUCAAAAUCAAUAUCCUAAGUGAAACAAGCCAAGCAAAAAGCACAUAGUGUACGACUCCAUUUAUAUAAAGUUACAGAACAUGCCAGCAAAUCCACUGAUGGGUUUGCCAGAGACAGGGUGGAGUAAAAGGGGCCCGAGGAAACUUUUAGGGGUGAGGGGAAUGCUUGUCAUGGUGAUUGUGGUGAUGGUUUUGCAGGCGUGUAUGUAUGGAAAAACUGAGCGCGUUAUACACCUUAAAUACAUGCACUUCAGUCACGUUGCAGGUUGGGGGAGGGCUGCCGCACCCUAAAUUCUCCCUCUUGUUCUCUUAGGAAGCUUAAAGGAAAACAUUUCAAAUCAUGGUGAUGAGAAGGCCUUUGGAGCCUGAAACAUGAGCCAGCUGCGAGCCACGAAGCCCGGGCUCCUCCUGUGUGCAGGCAUAUGCAUCUUUGUUUUUCUGUAUUUACGGAAUCCAACCCCUGAGGAAGCAGAGGAGGAACCCACCUACCCAGCAGUAGUGGAAUGUGGCUUUUAUCCGGAUGAACUGUGUUCAGCUUUAUUUGAAGGGAAAGGGGCCGCCCUCCAAAUUGCAAGAUUUUGCAAAAACCCUCGUGGUUCUCAAAUUCUUGCUCAUUUACGCACACCAGGAAAUUGCUCUAGGAUUUCCCAGGAGUUGCAUUUCAUAACCAGACCCUUGUCUGCAGAAGAGAGCAGUUUCUCUUUGGCAUAUAUUAUAACAAUUCAUAAGGAACUGGCAAGGUUUGUGCAGCUUCUCAGAGCUACUUAUGUGCCUCAAAACGUUUACUGUAUUCAUGUUGAUGAAAAGGCCCCGAAGAAGUACAAGACUGCUAUGCAAACCCUGGUUAACUGUUUUGAAAAUAUUUUUAUUUCAUCAAAGAGAGCAACAGUGGCUUACACUGGCUUUACAAGACUCCAGGCAGAUAUUAACUGUAUGAAAGACCUGGUCCAUUCCAAAUUUCAAUGGAACUACGUCAUUAACCUUUGCGGACAGGAUUUUCCAAUCAAAACAAACAAAGAAAUCAUACACUACAUCAGAACCAAAUGGAAUGACAAAAACAUCACUCCUGGAGUAGUUCAACCACCAAACAUGAAUUCCAAGACAAGUGAAAGUCAGCCUGAAUCCACCCCUGAAGGAAAUAUCUACAUAUCUCCAAACAAAAGAUUCAAGGACGAACCGCCCCAUAACUUAACAAUUUAUUUUGGAAGCGCUUACUAUGUCCUAACGAGGAAGUUCGUAGAGUUUGUACUGACUGACACCCGCGCAAAAGACAUGCUUCAGUGGUCCAAAGACAUCCAGAGCCCGGAACGACAUUACUGGGUGACUCUGAACCGACUGAGAGAUGCCCCGGGAGCCACGCCGGAGGCCGGCUGGGAGGGAAAUGUUCAUGCUGUGAAGUGGAGACACGAGGAGGGAAGUGUUCACGAUGGAUGUAAAGGCCGCUACGUCCACGAGAGCUGCGUGUAUGGACCAGGAGACCUGCCGUGGAUCAUUCGGUCACCUUCUUUGUUUGCCAACACGUUCGACUCGACAGACUCUCUGGUGGUGACCUGCCUGGAGCGGUGGCACCGGCUGCGGGUGCUGCGACAGGCAGAGGCUCCUGUGGAGCCACACUGGCGUUUCCCACAGGACGGUCACUUCAACAGGAGACUGAGCCACUGA